AUGGGUCCCAAAAUUUCAUCUCCUGAUCACUUAACAGAGUCAGAAAGUGAGGAAGAAGAAUGAUGGGAUUUCUCUGAAGGAGACCCCAUGAUGCCCAACCUAACACCUCUUGAGAGUCUUUCCUGCCAGGUUAAAGACCUUUUAAAAUAUUCUAAAAUGAAACCUUUAGAUCUCAACUCUUGGUUGUGCCAUGCUGAACUCUUAGAACAAAACAAUCCAGUCCACAAACCUCAAGGGAAAGGUCUAAGACUCUCCCAUUGUGUCCCCAAACAAGAACCAGUUCCUGAAUCCUGUAGGGUCCUACCUUUUCAAAAGCCCCUUAAAAGUCCCAGCCAGCUCUCUAGACAUCAUGCUACAGGAAUACUACAGUUUGCUACCAAACAGCUAAUGAGAACAUUGAGUAGAGCCAUUUCUAAACAUGGAUAUGUAAAUCAUUUCCCUGACUCUGACAUUUCUUCUUGUCCCUGUGACUGCCUGACAAAGGGAGUUAAAGAAACAGCCUGCACUGAAUUUUUUUACACUAUUCCCUACUACUGA